AUCACUACGAUCAUAAUUCACAAGAAUAUUAUCAUUUUUGGGAAUAAGGAGUUGACAAUUUGGAUUAAAUCGUAUACAUGGUGUUUCGCACAUCUGAUACCGAUUCAUCUAUUUUUCAUUUGUUUGGUGCAAUAUUCAUCAUUCACCUAAUAUAAGAAAAAGUACAACAGUCAAUAAAACGAAAAUGGACUUGAGUCCCGUCGCAAUAUAUUAUUUUCCUACUGCAAUUUUUUAUCCAUUAUUUUUUUUUAUCACCAGCCUUGUUGCAAUACACUUUUAUAUAGAAAACCUCCGGAUCGUACGAAUGGGUCGGAAGUUGCCAGGACCUCCGACUGUACCGUUCUUCGGCAAUGCUCUCAUACCUCUCGGUGUUCACCCUAAAGACGCACUUUACAAGUUGCUUCAAUACGAAUCAUACGGAAAUGUGGUCAGAGCUUUCCUUGGUACAAAACUCGUAGUUUUUAUAAUAGAUCCUCGUGACGUCGAAAUAAUCCUUGGGAGUACGACGCACAUAGACAAGUCAGCUGAAUAUAGUUUUUUUGCACCUUGGCUCGGCAACGGACUACUCAUAAGCACGGGUGAAAAGUGGAGAACACAUAGAAAAUUAAUCGCUCCAACUUUUCAUUUGAACGUUUUGAAAACUUUCGUACCACUUUUCUACGAGAAUAGCCGCGAUCUUGUGCUACGGUUGCGUCAAGAAGUAGGAAAGGAAUUUGAUUGCCAUGAUCAUCUCGCGGCUGUUACGGUCGAUAUUUUAUUAGAAACCGCGAUGGGAGUUCGAGGUCGUAAAGACAAAACGGGAUUCGAUUACGCAAUGGCUGUCAUGAAGAUGUGUGACAUCAUUCAUCGUCGGCAGUACGACAUUCGCAUACGUCCUGAUUCGCUUUUCACAAUGUCAAAAGACUUUAAAUUACAAGAAAAACUCCUGAGUAUCAUUCACGGACUUACGAGUUCUGUUAUUCGCUCGAGAAAGCGAGAGUACGAGGAGAAAGGUACAGACAAUUUUCCUGAGGAACAACGUGAAAUGGAAUUGAAAGGAAAUAGCAAUUCAGAGAAUAUCAAUGAAACAAAAGCGAAUAAUGAAAAAAUGCGAUAUGUCAGAGAUGAUUUGGACGAAAUUGAUGAGAACGACGUUGGCGAAAAGAGGCGGCUCGCUUUUCUCGAUAUGAUGCUCGAGUUAGCAAGGACCGGUGUGAACCUCACCGACGAAGAAAUCAAAGAGGAAGUGGACACUAUAAUGUUUGAGGGUCACGAUACAACAGCAGCUGGAUCAAGUUUCGUUCUUUGUUUGCUAGGAAUCCAUCAGAACAUCCAAGCUAAAGUAUAUGAAGAAUUAGAUGAAAUAUUCAAAGGAUCCAAUCGUCAGUGUACUUAUCAAGACACUCUGGAAAUGAAGUAUCUCGAAAGAGUUAUCAUGGAAACGCUAAGAAUUUUCCCACCAGUACCCGCAAUUGCCCGGCACUUAAACGAAGACGUGAAAUUGGCUUCCGGCAACUACGUUCUUCCAAAGGACACCACAGUAGUCAUACCACCCUUUAAAAUUCAUCGACUACCGGAAUAUUAUCCGAAUCCGGAAGUCUUCGAUCCAGACAAUUUCUUGCCUGAGAAAACUCAAAACAGGCAUUACUAUGCGUUUAUUCCAUUUAGCGCAGGACCACGAUCCUGUGUCGGACGAAAGUACGCCAUGCUCAAACUCAAAGUACUACUCUCAACGAUACUCCGAAACUACAGGAUUCUCUCUGAUCUCACUGAAAAGGACUUUCGUCUAAAAGUUGACAUAAUAUUGAAGAGAGACGAUGGUUUCAGAAUAAAGAUCGAGCCGAGGAACAGCAAGGAUGUCGUAACCGAAGUCCACUGACCCAAGUAGAGCAACGAGUCUUACCGUUUAUUCAUCACUAUCAACUCGAGUUUCAACGAAGUCAUCCGCAUUCCUUCGAUACUCACGAAAUUCCUCAUGAACGUCGCUAAUUUUGUUUAUUGACAAUUCGACGAUCAACCGAAGUCCAUGUUUUUACGAGCAUAAUGGGUAGCCACAUUUUCUUCAAUUUUUCAAUCUAUCCCUUUGUCGUAAUGUAUGUUUAAUAUCAACAUUUCAACGCGAAAAUGAAGGGUUUAAUUCUCUAAAACAACAAGGGAAAUAAUGACAAAACGUAUUAUAGAAAUAAAAUUUAUUAGUGUGUCGCGUGAGAUUCGGGAUUUUCUUUGUCAUCCGGGAUGUUUUUCAACAUUAUUUCUAUCUUUUCUUUUGAUUGUUUUCUUUCAUCCAGAAAAUCUAAGGCCCACGGAAUGAUGAACACGCAGUUCAAACCGAUCAAGACCAAUUGACAUGUAGGAAAGCUGUCAGUGACAUCUUUGAUGAUACCUGUUGAGAAGUCAUUGAAACGUUAUUAUUAAUCAACAACUUUGAAAUAAAUGAAGAUUUAAUAGAAUUUUUUCGAGUUUAAAAAUGUCUUAGGGAAACUAACACGAAUAUUAAAAAGGUAGUCGCUAUAAUAAUAUUUAAGAAAAAAAACUAUCAAAAAAUGUGUACUCACCAAUGACGGGGCCUAAGAAAAUGGUAAUCAUUCCACUGACGACGGAAAAAAUUCCAUA